AGCAUGGGCUUCCCAGCCCGACGGCUCACUUCGUCACUUUCGUGCGCAAAUCACACAGUAACCCCACCUAUAAAAGCCCUAGCCUUCCCCCCAAUUCCAGUCACUAUCAAUUCCUCGAUCUGGAUCCCUUCAAUGGCAACUGCCAUUGCCACCCCGUUCGUGGAUGACUCUCCACCCUAUCCCUUGUCCCCGUCCUCACCCACUCCCCCUCUUAGGCAGUGGUUACCGGAGGCGGUGGCGGGUUUUGAAUACGCCAGAAAACCUAUUGCGAUUCGUUCAGUUUGGUCCAGCAAUCUGGAAUUUGAGUUCGCGCUCAUUCGCCGUCUCAUUGAUCGUUUCCCUUAUGUUUCUAUGGAUACCGAGUUCCCUGGCGUCAUCUUCCGCCACCAGCAUCCGUACUCUGAUCCCAUGGACCAUUACAAGACACUUAAGUCGAAUGUUGAUGCGCUCAAGCUCAUCCAGGUGGGUAUCACUUUAUCAGACUCGUCGGGGAACCUCCCUGACCUUGGAGAGGCUAACCACUGCUACAUCUGGGAGUUUAAUUUUCGUGAUUUUGACUUGGCACGUGAUGAUCACGCUCCCAAUUCCAUUGACCUUCUCCGUCACCAGGGCAUAAACUUUGAGGCCACCCACAAAUUAGGCGCAUGCGCCACUCGCUUUGCAGAGCUUAUGAUGUCCUCUGGCCUCGUGUGCAACGAGAAUGUCACUUACAUAACCUUUCACAGUGGGUAUGACUUUGGAUAUCUCAUCAAGGCUCUCACUGGGCAGGCCCUUCCGGGGACACUUGCUGAGUUUCUUAGUAUGCUUAGGGUCUAUUUUGGUUCCAGGGUCUAUGAUGUGAAGCAUUUAAUCAAAUUUUGUCGGGGGCUUCACGGGGGAUUGGACAGGGUGGCACAGUCACUUGGUGUGGUUCGUGCUGUUGGGAAGUGUCACCAGGCUGGGUCUGAUAGCCUACUGACGUGGCAUGUGUUUGAAAAGGUCUGGGAAGCCUACUUCAGCAAUGGGGGGAAGGAUGGGCUUCCAAGGGUUAGAGAUCCUUGAUCCUUAAACAGCUUCUCUUAUAUAGAUGUGAUGAAGCUGUUAAUAAAUUUUUUUAGUUUUUAUUGCCUUCAUGUCCCAAUACAUCUGUAAAAUCCUUUCGCUUAAUAACAAAAGCUUUAGUUCAGUAUUA